CGCGUCCGCCCAGCUCCAGCGCCGCGUCCCGCCCGGCCCGCGGCUGCCCGCUCCGCCGCCAUGGCCACCUCCCCGCAGAAGUCGCCCUCUGCCCCCAAAUCCCCCACUCCCAAGUCGCCCCCGUCCCGCAAGAAAGAUGACUCCUUCCUGGGGAAACUCGGGGGCACCCUGGCCCGGAGGAAGAAAGCCAAGGAGGUGUCCGAGCUGCAGGAGGAGGGCAUGAACGCCAUCAACCUGCCCCUCAGCCCGAUCCCAUUCGAGCUGGACCCCGAGGACACCAUGCUGGAGGAGAACGAAGUGCGAACCAUGGUGGAUCCAAACUCCCGCAGCGACCCCAAACUUCAGGAGCUGAUGAAGGUUUUAAUUGACUGGAUUAAUGACGUGUUGGUUGGAGAGAGAAUCAUCGUGAAGGACCUGGCUGAAGAUUUGUACGACGGACAAGUCCUGCAGAAGCUGUUCGAGAAACUCGAGAGCGAGAAGCUAAAUGUCGCCGAGGUCACCCAGUCAGAGAUUGCUCAGAAGCAGAAGCUGCAGACCGUCCUGGAGAAGAUCAACGAGACCCUGAAGCUUCCUCCCAGGAGCAUCAAGUGGAACGUGGACUCUGUUCACGCCAAGAGCCUCGUGGCCAUUCUGCACCUGCUGGUUGCUCUGUCUCAGUAUUUCCGGGCACCGAUUCGACUCCCAGACCAUGUUUCCAUCCAAGUGGUUGUGGUCCAGAAACGAGAAGGAAUCCUCCAGUCGCGGCAAAUCCAAGAGGAAAUAACUGGUAACACAGAGGCUCUCUCCGGAAGGCAUGAGCGUGAUGCCUUUGACACCUUAUUCGACCACGCACCAGACAAACUGAACGUGGUGAAGAAGACGCUCAUCACCUUCGUGAACAAGCACCUGAAUAAACUGAACCUGGAGGUCACAGAACUGGAAACCCAGUUUGCAGAUGGGGUGUACCUGGUGCUGCUCAUGGGGCUCCUGGAGGGCUACUUUGUGCCCCUGCACAGCUUCUUCCUGACCCCGGACAGCUUUGAACAGAAGGUCUUGAACGUCUCCUUUGCCUUUGAGCUCAUGCAAGACGGAGGGUUGGAAAAGCCCAAGCCGCGGCCAGAAGAUAUCGUCAACUGUGACCUGAAGUCCACCCUGCGGGUGCUGUACAACCUCUUCACCAAGUACCGGAACGUGGAGUGAGGGGCCCCGGCCCCCAGGGACCAGCCUCCGGAAUGCCCUGCCCUGCUAGCUCCUGUCUCUCGCUCUGUGCUCUCUCCCACAAAGCCAGCCGCAACCCAGAGAGUAGGGACUGACACGACAAAGCAAAGGAUCAGAAGCUCCAAGGGCUGACCCGCACCUCCCAGGCCCUGGGGCGGACCCAGCAAUGACUGGGAAGGUCAUCCGCCUCCAGAUGCCAGGUCCUGGUUUCCCUCUGAUUUAGGAACCAGUUUAGGCAAGAGGGAGUCCCCAGAAGAUGGAAGCUCAGCUCAAGUCACGAUGGGUGUGAACACAUGCCAGGCGCCCCACUGAGUCCUGUGCUAGACUCACACUCACGCAUGCCCGUGACUCUCACUGAAGUAGGCCUCAUAAUCCCCUUCGACAGAUGAGAAGACUGAGGCUCCAAGGUUCAGAAGCUGGUGUUUUCCUUCAAAUGACAGAUGUGUUAAUAACUGACCAACUGUGUUCUUGACAUGUUCUACAGGUGUGUGUGUGUGUGCAUCUGCCCACACACACCUGAGAGCUCAGAGAAGCCCAGAACCCUCUACUCCCACCAUCAGGGCAGCCCAGGACAAGGCUCAGUGACUCACACUGAAACUAGCAAAUCGAAUUUAACCCAACUAAUUGUGUGUGUGUGUGUGUGUGUGUGGCAGGAGUCAUGUCCCUCAAGUCCUUUGUAGAAAUGAAAAUUACCCUUAAUUCCUUCAGAUUUCUAAUCACCCCAUACUCUCGUUUCAGGGUGACAUUUGGGAAGAAUUCAGUUUAGAAUUAAUGGAGUGGCACAUUUUGCAACCUUUUUGCUUGAUUGCAUGUAAUGGAAAUGCCCUAUAUUUUCCUGCAAAAAUAAGUACUCAAUUCAUUAUCGUUAGGCAAAUGUACAAUCUACUCAGGCACCGCAGAGAGCUGGGCACAGGCCCACUGGAGCAUCGCUUGGGAAGUCGAGCUCUUCAACAGGGACCCUUGAACUUUGAAGAAAGGAACUCCUUUUUGCCUUCUAAUUGAUCAUUCAGACCAUUCUGGCUAAGUCUGCCCACAUGCAAUUACCGGCUAAUUCGGGCAAGGAAAAAUGUAAGUCAUUUAGACCAAAGCCGAGCAGUUUCCUUGCGUGGGUGCCUCUAGGGCCUGUGGUUACUUGUAGCUCCUCUAUGUGAACCUGACCUUGAAAUGCAGUACUCCAGCUGGGCCAGGCUGCUGGUAGGUCCUGGAGGAACAGGGAAGGAGCUCAAGGGGAAACAGGUGAUGAUAGGGGGCAGGAAGCAGGGAAAUAUUUGCACCCCUAGCAGCUGGAAGACUGCCCUCAGAGACAGAGAGGGGCUUGUGGGACUUAGUGUUUGCCCCCUUAAACUGACCUAAGCCUUGGGGUAAAUAAUCACUGCUAACUCGCCUUCAGUGUACGAUUUUCAUAAACCAUGCCCAGCGGACACCAGCUUGAGUACCUUCCUCUGGAAGCCCUUAACCACCACCUUGUCACUACUGGAGGCCCAUUGCACAAAGCCGCAUCUGGUCUGGGGAAGUCACCGUGAUCUGUGUCUACACCACCCAAAGCUAGGCCUCCUAUAUUGUCCAGAACAUUCCUUUCAGCUUUCUCUUCUUCUCUUCCUAUACUGUCUAUCUGUAGUAACUCAGAACCCAGUUUGUAAUACUACACAUUUCGCUGGGUAUUUUGCUCCAAGAAAGAAUUGUUUCUCAGCAUAGAGCAUUUAAGAUACAAAGGUAGUGUACUUUGUUACGUCAAUUUCUUUAAAAAGAAUAGAAUUUUUUUACAUAAUUAGUGAAAGAUUUUUCAUUAGGAAACACUAAGUAAUGUAAUACUUCUGUUGCUCUCUUUUAAAUUCCUGGUGGCAAAUCAAGAUAAGCAAUGACUUCGUGUCCUUGAGCAAUCCUAACGUGGGAUGAAAUGAGAGAAAUGCAUUCAUUCAAACACGCUGUGCUUUACAAA